AUUGCCGAGGCAGCUUCUGUCCCUCAUGUCUCUUUGUGGGGAGCAGAAACAUACUUCCCGCAGCAUCACUGGAGACAAGCCAGAGCUCCGGGAGAGGAACGCUCCGGGGAACUCCGCGCAACUCCGGUGACUUGACUCGUACCAGAGUAGGAAUGGACAAAAGUGCAAAAUUAGAUGGCGGAACUUAUGAGCAGGACUGAAACGAGAGGUCACUUCCGAGUUGUGAGCGACACCCGAAUGGACUGGACUCAAAGGUCAAAUCUCCUUUAAGUUACAGGCAAAGUACUUCUUAUAUCCGGUCGCUUCUACGGAAAAACUGAACUGAAACGAACAAUAUAGCCUAUUUUCAUUAUCGUUAUCUGUCCCCGAAGCGCUUUCCAAAUGCUGUGAAAUGAAGAGUCUCUUUAAAGAACAUCUUGAAUGGUCCCGGCAGAGCUUUUGAUUCACAAGCCGGGCAUUUAUCUUAAUUCUCCAGCCCUUUCAGAGAGCCUGCAUUAAAGACUGCGUUGAUAUUGCUCUUAGGGGAGAAGAGGGUAAUGUUUCUUUGAUGAAGUCUGUUUGUAAAACUUUACAGCUGUCAGUCGGAGGAAGAGUCCGGUGGCUUGCCAUGAUGAAAAAGUAAACACAUCUGAACUCGAAGUGAGGCUUUUUGAGGACAGGAGCCAUGUUCACAGGGGAUGGUGUGGUGAGUGGCCACUUCCUGACCGGGGGUCAGUUCAAGCCUCAACAGGGACUGCAAGUAGAUGCGUCAAUUCGAAUGGAGAAUGGGCAACACUUCGGGACCUUUCUUCCAUACCAGGGUCAGACGUACACGAAUGCCAGCUUGCCCAAAGUGGAGAACAAUGUUAUUACGACCACGUUCGAACAGACACCCCAACCUGUGCCUCCCGCUGCGCUCAAACUGGGACAGGACGGCUUCAAAAAAGUCUGCAGAUCUGAGGAGCACAGUCCGUGUCCCUUCCCCGGAUUGGCCUCGGGGGUACUGGAGAUGCGCGUUAAAGAAGGGAGUAAGAUCCGCAACUUGAUGGGCUUCGCCAUGGCCCGGAUGCAAGGCGAGAAAGGACUCUGCGGUGGCGGAGAGGGUGGACUCAGACAGGUGGUCUUCACCGGGUCAGGCCGCGCCGUCACGAAGACCAUCACAUGUGCUGAGAUCAUGAAGCGUAAAGUGGGCUCGCUGCACCAGCUGACCAAACUGCAGUACAAGGUGGUCAAGGAGGUGUGGGAGAACACCGAGGGGGGCACGUCAGAGAUGACCGUGCACAGGACGGUGCCCUCCAUCAGCAUUCUGCUCUCGAAAGACCCACUGGACCCUCAGGAGCCGGGCUAUCAACCCCCGGAGACUAUCGGCGCACUGUGGCAGGACAAAGAGGGACAUGCCGCGCCGUCCGCAAUCAAGAGACCUCCGGAACCUUCACUGUUUAGCAGUUUGCCGCACUGUAAGCGUGUGUGCUCGGGCGAGGGGGUUUCCGUGAGCCCCCUACUGCACUGACUGGAUGUCAAACCACCAAGUUCACUUGGCACUGCCCUCGACUUGAGCACAACACCGAGACAAUCAGUACAGUCACUGGGACAGAACAGCGCUUUUUACCAAUUGCAGCCUGACUGGGACAUUAAGAGGCUGCCUUCUGUACAUACAGCCGUGAGAAUUGAGUACACGCUUGAAAACCUUAAACCCCAUUACUUGACUUUUAAGACUGAAAACAAGCCAUGAAUUGCGAAGACUCGUCAGGUUUUCUUUUUUGUUUGUUCCAUGCUAACAUUACGAGGGAGGGACAGCUGAAAACCACUGAUGACAAAUGCAAAUCAUGAAUUUUUUAUUGUUUAUAGCAGAACAUGUUUUCUCUUCCGGAUGAUUUUUUUUGGGCUGUGUUGAAUGUUCAAAUUACAAAAGGAUAUUAAUGAAAAAAUGUUUGAUCCCAUCUUUAUUUUGAAAAAGUAAUCCAACCUAACAAAUUCUUUAUUUUUUUUUUUUUAUAGUUUCAUUUUGGACCACUGGCUGACUCCAAUUUACCCACAAAUGGUGUUUUUGUUUUUCCCAUUCAAAGUAUGGAGCAAAUUAUGACACCUUUGAAAGUGUUCUACAAAGUGUGUGUUGCAGCUGAUGCAUAUUAAAAUAAAGUGUGUGUGUGUGUGUGUGUGUGUGUGUGUGUGUGUGUGUGUGUGUGUGUGUGUGUGUGUGUGUGUGUGUGCGCGUGUGCGUGUGUGUGCGUGCAUGCGCGCGUCACUCCAAGACAUAUGCAAAGCAUGACAUUGUCCAAUUUUACUUGCUUCAGUAUUAAACGUGACACUGUAUUCUUCCCAA